AUGGCGGAUGCUAGCUUUCUCGAGCUACCGAAGUUCGACGAGUCUUCUGCGGCCGCGUGGUUCGCUAACGCGGAGGAGCAGUUCGUCCUCCGUGGUGUUUCAGACGACACCAUGCGCUUCUACCACGUGGUGGCCGCGCUCGGGUACUCGACGGCGGUUAGAGCACAGCGCUUCGUGGUCUAUCCGCCGAAGGUGGGCAAGUACACGGGGCUCAAGGCGCACCUCCUCAGACUUUAUGAACCGUCGUACAAAUCGACUUCAGAGGCGCCCAAGGUGCCCGCCUCGCGAACCUUGCUGCCCGUGGUACCCGCCAUGGAUGGCGGCACUUCCGCCCCGGUUCCUCGCAGCCGUACUGCUGUCCCGGUACCCGCGCCACCGCCGCGCGCUUCCGCUCUGGCUCUUCCCGACGCCGAAGUUGCUGUCUCGCCUCCGGCCCCGCUCUCGCUCGCCUCGGCUCCGUCGCCGCUCUCCGUCGACGCCGCUGCGCCCGUCCCUGGCUUUCCCGGCUGCGGCGCCCUUGCGCCGGCCUGCGGCCUACUCAACGACGGUGCGCCCGCCUGCGGCCUAAUCGACGACGCACCUGCGCCUCUGGAAGUCUCCGAGGUCGCCACUCUUCCGGCGCCGCUGGACGCCGCCGCCACUGUCCUCGCUCCUGCGCCUCCGGGAGUCUCCGAGGUCAGUCCUCUGCCAGCACCGCUGGCCUCUGCCGCUGACCUCGCUGCUGUGCCAGCGCCUCCGGAAGUCUCCGUGGUUGCACCUCGGCCAGCGCCUGCGAACGCCGCCGCCGAUGUCUCUCCUCGUCCUCCGCUUGUGGACAGCGAUGGCGUCGCUUCGUCUCUGGUUUCGGCGUUUCCACUGCUCCUGCUACGACCGGUCGACAUGGUUCGUCUCGCCUGUCGCCCUUGUCCACGGCCGGGCGACUCCGACCGCCACGCCGGUCGCCCUCGUCUCCGGCCUCGACCAGUCAACUCCGGCCGCCGCGCCCGUCGCCCUCGUCUGCAGCCUCGACCGGGUGGUGCUGCUCAUCGCUCGUCUCGACCGCUGCUGAGCAACGCGUGCCGCCUCUCUCGACGUCCGCUUCUCCGGCCUCGCCUGGGGGGUGCUGCACGGCGCGCUCCUCGUCAUGGGCGUCCUCCAGACCGUUCUGCUCGGACGUCCCGCAUCUGGCGUUCUGGACGGCCGCCUGAUCGUCGCGUUCCGUCGCCCGCCGCCUGGCAUCCUGGGCGUCCUCCUGACUGUUCUGCUUGGGCGUCUCGCGUCUGGCAUCCUGGUCGGCCGCCUGACUGUCCGUUCGGUCGUCUUCCACUGACGUCCCAGCCGCGCAACCCUUCCGUUCCGUACUGUUGA